AUGGACUUUGAUGCAUCCCCCCUCCAAUACCAUACAGGGUACGGCAGCAUGGCCGUCGAAAGUCUCUACAAGCCCGCCUCUCCCGAAGUUAUAUCGUCUUUGAUAACAUCGCUGUCCGUCAUAUCCUCACCUGCGAGUCAACUCUUUGACCACCCGAAAUCGACGCCUGCUUCUCCCGCUCCAACGACAAGCACAUUUGGGAAUUUGAAUGCUCACAACGGGUCAGAGUCGCCCAGUGGAAGCUUUGGACUGGACUACGGCGCGUAUGAACAACCUUCUCUACGGGACCUUAUUCAAGAAGAAUCUCUCGAUGAGCUUGCUGCAAGCCCUCCAGUUAUACGGACUGCCAAACCACCCUCGGGAUUUUCACCUCUGACUGCACCACGAUCACCCCGAGACUCAGGUCCACUGAAAACCUUUUUGCGAGGUAGUUCAAGGCCGUCAUCCAAAGGAUCCGAUCGGGACGAUGACAGCAGCAUUGGUAACUUGUCUAUCGAGCCUGGAGUAGCGCCAUCCCUCGAAUUACGGCGAAAGUCAUCCAGCGAUAGUUGGGGCAAGAAACAAGCAAGGAAUACAAGAGGAUUGAUGUAUAUGAGUUCCAAGGAGCGACUGCGGGAAAAGGAAUAUGAGCGCAAAAGAACAAGUGGGCCUACCAUGGAUCGAGUCGUCCUGCCGCAAUUCGAUGCGGACUCCUUCAUGGCAGAAAGUGCCAUUGGGGAAGAGCCGGAAGAUUCAUCAUCAAAUCGAUUACCCAUCGCCAAAGAUUUGGGUGCACACCUCGGCAUAGGAAGUCAAGGAGGUAUCGGUUCUGGUAGGUUUAUACCAACGCGAGACUCGUCUCUACGCAGAUCACCGACCACGAAGAAGCGUUCAUCCCAAAGAUCAAGUCGGCAGAGUAGCAAGCAUCGGACUAGUGAAGAUGCAGGUACUACCGAGCAGGUGCAGAAACAGGAUCGGAGACGGGAACGGAGUCGAUUUGAUGACCAGGCGUUAUCAUCAGAGGGAACUUCAAAAAUGAUGGAACCACUAGAUAAUUUGCAAAUGCCACGUCCGCCGAAAGCAACGACACUUGCCAGCGAACAAGUUCCUGAGAGCGCCAAAGUGGACCAAUCACGUAUAAUUGAAGAAGCAGAAGACGGGGCUCCUUCACCAGCUGUAGCCCAAAGAAAGCCACGCGGAAGUCCCAAUCGAUCCACAGGUGAGAAAAGGAGGUCUGGGAAGGUUCCCGAACCAAUAGGAACUCCUAAGCGUACUGAUUCUCGUUUGAAACGACUGUCGGCACCACUGAGCCCAAGAGGCUCAGAGAAGGACCCACAUCAGAGAAGUAGUUCAACGCCUUUAUCGAGAGUCGGGUCUCCUGAACCAGUCAAACCUCCUCAAAUACACGUUGAUGAUAGGCCCUCCAGUGCCGACUCAAUUGACGAUGCCGUGGAGGCAUAUCUUUGUUCUCCUCGAUUGUCACAAAAGAUCAAGCAUCCUCAGACUGGCCGAGCGAUAUCUUUCUCUGAAGUCGGGGAUUCCGAUGGGUUCGCAGUUUUCUGUUGCGUGGGGAUGGGCCUGACGAGAUACAUUACGGCCUUUUACGAUGAGCUCGCUUUGACGCUGAAGUUGCGCUUGAUUACCCCAGAUCGACCAGGGGUAGGACAUAGCGAGCCUUAUACUGAUGGCACAGCAACACCUUUGAGUUGGCCCGAUGAUGUAUAUGCAAUAUGCCAGGCACUGAAAAUAACCAAGUUUUCAAUUCUUGCUCACUCUGCUGGAGCUAUCUAUGCCCUUGCAACUGCGCUCCGUAUGCCGCAACACAUCCGUGGACGUAUCCACCUCCUUGCACCAUGGAUACCACCAUCUCAGUUGAAUGCCUUUGGGGGUCAGACGACAUCACCUCCCAGUAAUUCUAUUCCAACAUCUCAACGUAUCCUUCGCGCUCUCCCAACCCCCAUACUUAAAGCGGCAAAUUCAAGUUUCAUGAGCGCUACUAGCAGUUCCAUUACUAGCAGCCUCCCGAAGUCACCGCGGCGCAAACGAAAGUCCACUAAUCGUGACACUCCAGCUCUUACCAGUAAGAACACGGUCGCACUGUCUGUAGACAAGGAGAAUCACGGGAGAAAUUCUACCAUCUACCCGGAUCCCUCAGAGAAAAGUGCUCUAGCAAGAGCAGCCAAGAAUCCUGAGGACCCGAACAAUCAAGCCGCGAUCCUAGCUGCGGCAGCCAGUAAUCUUGCAGAAAAGGAGAGGCAGACAACAUAUGAUACAAGACUUACACAUGCGAUCUGGGAACUUGCUACCACCGGUGCUAACCCUGCGGUGGAUUUAUUGGUAUGCUUAGAAAGGAAUCACACCAUUGGAUUCAGAUACGUAGACAUCACUCGAGCUGUUGUCAUUCACCAUGGCAGCAAAGACACCCGAGUUCCUGUUGAGAAUGUUCGCUGGCUUGGGAAGACGAUGAAGAGAUGUGAAGUACGUGUCUUGGAGGGCGAAGGGCAUGGACUGAUGGCAUCUGCUGCAGUUAUGGGGGGUGUUCUAAUGGAGAUAGCAAGGGAGUGGGACGAUUGGAUGAAGGUCACUGGUGCGUCGACCACUAGUAAGUCCGAAGGUAGAAGAGUGUUGCGGGAAAGGGCUAGUGUUGGAGCGUUCAGAUGA